AGAACAUUGGUACGGUAUUAUUUGAGAGGAGUGAUUGCAUGAAACGUUGUUGGUCAAACGAGGAAUUUACUAUUUUGAAUAGUCGACGUAUGUUUCAAGAUAUUUUACCUAAGGUGAAUGCGAUUGAUUAUCAGAACGAUCAAUACAUAGCUUUGUUAAUGGAUUAUUUUCACAUUUGUUUUGAAUCCGUACGCAAGCUUUCAAUAGGAAAAUCGAAACAUUUGAUGUUGAAAGCUCUGGCCGAUGUAAUGGGUGGUUAUUUGCGAGCUUACAUAUUACCACUUACCAAACAAUCAUAUUACGCAGGAAAUAUCAAGUAUCAUAACGCAAAAAAACUUUUCGAGCUUUACGAUGAAUUAAAAGAUUUUCUUCAUACAAAUGGCGUUGGUUGGUCCAAACCACGUCCUGAAAUUACACCUAUGAAAAUGUCGUUAAUUAUAACAACACCAUCGGAAUCUUCCGUAGCUUGUAAUGGAUUAAUUACAUUUCCUAUUCGAUACAACGAUGUUUACAAUACUGACGAAUCAGCGAUUGUUCCAAUUCCUUUUUUGGAUGACGAAACUGAUCCGAACAGUAUCGCAGUACCAUUCAAAUCGGACAGUCUUCAGUCUUUGUAUUCUCCACAAUCGGCAUUCAUUCUCGUUAAAUAUUACACGGCUAGUGUGAAGUGUAUUGUAUCGAAGACAAAAACGAAAGCUGCGUUGGAUAAUUUUAAUAGUAACUUCUUCUCUUGGCUGCAGCAAUCAGUAAAGGAACGUUUGAACGAUGAAAAAUGGUAUCCAGCGUUCGGUGGAGUUUCUAGAAUCAUUUUCACUCUGGAAAAAACAGAUGAUGAAGCUAUAAUGUUUGGAACUACCGAGUUGAUUAUAAUCGCAGUAGUGAGUGCAUUAUUGGUUUGGUUGUUGGUUGGUUUGAGUUUAGUUUGCUACAAAUAUCUCAGUAGACACUCGGAGGAAUGUUCACCGUGUGAAUCACCGAACACACCUGUCGCAGUGUUAUACGAAAAUACGGACUAUUCUAAGGGUGAAAGGUGCACCUCGAAAACGAUCGUCCCGAAGGGACCGAUAGAAAAGCUAAAGGAGUGGUACAAAAACAAGUUCGGACGAUGUCCUGGAGGCUGUCAGGAUCGAUACGACGAGGAACGUUGUUUAGCUGCUAUUAGUUACAGCAGCAAAGACACAAUACCUGGAAGCAGAGUUUGCCAGAGGAAAAAGUACGUGAAAUCAACUUCAGCAUCCCCUUCGAGUUCUCCGGUAGAACGAACAAUAUUCAGGCAAAGCGUUUGCUACAGUUCCGAUGCUUCGAGCACAGUAUCCGAGGAUCCAGGAAAACGAAGAAGAUAA